AUGGAUGUGCCUGAAGAUGAAUGGUUUGAUGUAAUUGAAGAUGGAGGGCUGGAUAAAGCGGAGGAAAACGAAUAUUUCGAUGUGGCUGGGCUCACUGAGGUCGUGAAACGAGGAAGCUGUGGUGAGUGGCGCAAGCAGCUGUUAUCAAGAUCGUUUUCAGAGAAAUGCACUCGAACACAGUUUUAUUAA